AUGACCUCCUUACAAAGCAAAGUAGACGCCGCCAAGGCGGCGGCAGCAUCGACCGCGACAUGCACAUCAGCAACCUCGGUUCUCCUCAAAGAACUUCUCGCGACGGAGGCCGAAAAUCCCACGACAUCACAAAAGUCGACGGCAAGAACGACGAAGGCCACGACGACCACGCGAGGAAAGACGGCUGUAUCAGCUAGAUCGGGCACGACUGCGAGCAAAAAUGAACAACUGACGCCAAAGGAAAAGGCUGCACUCGCGGCGUACAUCAUCAAUGUUGCCCUCAAGUCGCUGACGGAGGCGUCAAAGCCUGCACCCGCCAUACGACCCACGACACCCUGCCGAAGAGAGAACUCGGGCGAUGACAUGCAGAAACCUCCUAGCAAGCGGACCCUGAGACGAUCGAAUUCGAUGCCGAUGAGCCCCAUGCAGCCACGUUCGCUGAACCGAACCUCAACAUCCCCCAUUGCCACGCCCAAGCCCUCAAAGACAACAACAACAACGACGACAACGCCAACGGCGCCUGCCAUCGCGUGUCUCGCUACAGUUGAAUGUUUGCGAACUGCAUUCACAUGCUUGCGAUCCUUACAGACCUCUGGCGCAGUGACGCUUCCGGACCUGCAGCUCGAGAGCGGAAUGUCUUCUCUCAUCGGCAAGCUCGUAGGGCUUGGCCUUCAGGAGCACGCAUUGCGCGAAUUGACGGUUCUCAAGCGAAGACUCGAGGCAAUUGGUACUUCGACAAAAGGCAAAUCAAAAGGAGGAAAGCCGACAGUAGCAGACACGAAGGUAAAAGGGCUGGCAGAGCUUUUGGACUUUGGCGAUGUCAAGUUCUCAGGAUCGACGCUCAAUCUUGUCAUCACGACCCAGACCCAAAUCCUGCGUCUCAUUUCUGCAACAAAAAAGGCAGCUGUCAUCGAAAGGGCGUUGCCAAGUCUCGUUUCUUCUUGCCCUACGUCGCCCACAAACCUCCUUCUGGAAGCUGCCAAAGAGUCAGCACAAGCCAAGACAAAGGUUGCGCGGCAGCUCGAUCUGCUCUCGCAGUUACUUCUAUCACUGGCUCCUAGUCUAUCGAGCAAAGACGACGAGGUGGCCGUGGACUCUCGCUUGAGCUGCUCUCCCUCCACCGCACUGGAACUGCAAGCGCUGGGCCUGGAGGCGCGUUUGCACUGGUGGCAGAUGGCCAGUCACAAGGCAGAUGUCGACAAGGACAUCAUUUCGCCACUUUCACGAUGCAUCACUUCGUUUAUCCGCAGAGCCAAAUCCGACCCAAUUGGGUCGUAUCAAAAAUCUUCCGCCGUCUUUGACCGCAUCACCGUGAUGACUAAGUCUCAGCGUUUGGAGGCCACCCUGUCAUCAAAAUCACCACUCGCCGUGAUUUAUCAGGCUCUGGGAACGGCAGCUCAGGCAGCUCGAUUAUACAAGGAAUCGGCCCACUGGAUCUCCAAGAUCAAGGGGACUCUCGACCCUGAAAGUGACUCGGCAUCCAAGUGUUGCGCAGUAGCUGCGCAGCUUGUAGCCGUCUACGCGAAACAAACACCAUUGCCUCACGAACAGCUGUCCGCGCUUUUGAGGGAGGUGACCGGUGCUCUGCAGGGAACGCUCAAGGGCGAUGUGACGGAGUUGGAGGAACUUAUGGUCAAUCUGUCUGCUGCCCGUAGGUCCGUGGUAGGUAUCUUGGCCAGCAAGACUGCGGACGGGUCAGAAGACGUCCACGAACUGAUGAACAACCUCGUCCUUCAAUUCCCUCGGUUCGCCGUAAGGUGGCUGGGUAAAGCGCCGACGAGGGACGCCUCUCCUAAAGAACAUGUGCGCCAUGAGUCAAGGAGACAACUUUUACUCGCAUCCGUUUCCCAGAUCCUGGAAUCAGCCCUCAUGGUCGCCAAAUCACACAUCGAUAGCAACAAAAUGGCUUGGGGAACCCUCGAUACCCUUCUCCAGGAGUGCCUCUUGUUGCUUGAGUAUGUGGGGGACAUCAGUGCCGCCGGCUCCAAAUCAGACGCUGCAAGCUCCCACUACGUCAGACUAUCUCACCUCUACUUCAUGUUCUUUCACUGGUAUCGCCGCAAUGCCGAGAGCAAACCCGGCGACAAGACCCUCCUUCGGGCUCUGAGACGAUCUGUUGAUUGUGUCAAGGACAGGUCCCCGGAGGAAAAGGACAAGGCGCAGACAACAGCGAAACUUGAGUACUUCGCAGACCUUUGUGAGCGGGCUGGUAGAAUCAACGAUGCCCGAGAUGCCCUCAAGCUCAUCUGCACGAACAUGGUAGAGGAGGGCGUCCUGGCCGCAGUGGCAGCCUCGUUGUCAGAGAAGUCACCGGCCGUAGCCUGGAGCGCGAGUGUCAAGGCAGAGACGUUAUCGCGGGCCUUGGCAGCCAUGGUCAAGCUCGACCAGUCCUGGAAUGACUGGACGUUCUUUCUCGCAGAUGUUGAGCGAGCGGCAGUCCUGGAGCGUAUCAUCCAGCUCAUUCUAUCCAACUCUUCGGGCGACUCGAGCCCCGGCAACAUCAAGGAGCCUGUGGAGGAAGCUCUCCUACGGAUCUACACGCCCGAUCGCUUCCCGAUUCGUCGCCUUCGGACUCUGUCUCAACUACUGACCAUGUCCAUCGGCAAACGGGAGGAGUUCCAGAACCUUCGCGAACAGACCGAAGCAGCUUUGCUAUUAUGCCGUGGCCAGACCUUCGGGGAGGACAGCGACCUGGCCUCGUACGUCCCCGACCUGGAGGCCGGUCUCUCUUGUACUUUGGCUCUGGUCGCAUCAGAAACCGAAUGGCGGGCGGCAGACUUUGACAAGUCAAUCAGCGUCUGGCGCGCCCUCGUCAACGAAUGCCAAACCAAGGAUGAGCUGCUGACCAAGGUCAAUGACACGGAAGGGCUUCUCAGACAGCUCAAUGCGGUCGCCGAGUACGCCAAGCUUAGGGGCGAAGAUGAGUUUUUGCUCUCAGUUCUAACACUAGCCGCCGACUUCUCGUCCAAGCUCUCAGACUUGUCGACGGACUUGCUCGUCCAGGCGCACAGCAAUCUGGCAGACCAGUAUACCCACCUGGGCUACUCCGAGAAGGCCGAAGAGAUUCUCAACAAGGCCAAGGAGUUUGCCGAAUCCACGAGCAGCAAUCCCGAUCUUGCGGCAGUCAACCUCCAGAUAUCCUUUACGGAGUACCAACUGGCGGCCCAGAACUCGGAUGCUGCUCACAAAAUGCUUCUACAGGGUGAGGUUGCGUUCGAGAAGGCCUCGUCUUCCAUCCGAAAAGCGUCCAGGCUCCAGAGGAAGCUCCUCCUGGCAAGGGCUGCUUGCCUCUCUUCUCGCAUAAAGUGGGACAAGGGCGAAUACCAGCAUGCGCUGUUCCACGCAAAAACGAGUGUCCGCAUGCUGUACCAGGACUGGACCAAACUGGAAGCUCGGUGGCAAAUGGCGCCAGAAGCAGAGCCCAAGCAGUCCUCCAGGCAAGACUCGUCCGACGCCGAGGAAACCAUCAUCAAGACAGAACCCUCCACAAAUCUGAUUGAGCUGUCCGACGGCCCCGACAACUGGGCACUGGCGUGCGCUCUGCUGAGGUCCGUUUUGCAUCUGUCUUCUGUGUAUGCCCAUUUGGGCAUGUUCCAGGAGACGGUGUAUUAUGCAGAAAAGGCACAUCAAAUCGCCAAUGCAACGGACGCCUCGAUUCACAGGGCCCAAGCAGCAAGCUGGAUUGGCUCCGUGUGGAUCAAGGCCUGCAAACUCGACAAGAGCAUUGGGUACCUGAACGAGGCGAGACAGCUCAUGGCAACAGCCGUUAAACCCACACGUCAAGCUUUCCAGCUGGCCUGCGAGCUCAGCGCUUCGUUCGGGGAGAUGAAGGAUCACAAAAACGAGCACCUGCUUCUCGAGCUUGCCGAGGUCACGCUUGGCAAACUGAACAACAGCAGCCGCGGUGCCAUCAGCGGGGUCAGUAAUGGGCAGGUUGUCACUAAGAUGGCAAAGCUCACGCUCAAGGCCCCGGCAACCAAACGAACCAGAGCCACUAGGGCAGCGGCCCCUGCAACGACGAGAAGAGUGGCGGCUCCGAAGACCAAAGCUGCUGCGCCGUCCAAGGCCGUGGUAGUGGCCUCGAACGACAAAGCGUCCGAUCUGAAGGCCUCCAUGCUGAUGUACAAGGCGCUUGUUCACCUUAGCAAGGGGGACUGGGUCGACGCGGCAGCACUCCUCGAAGAGGCAAAGCAGAUGUCCAGCAGCUUGCGGGAGUCUCUGCGCGUGCAGAUUGGCGAGGCGAUCUGCCUCAUCGAACAAGGCACCAAACAGAUGGAGGGCGACUCCGUCUUCUCUGUGGUGAAGGAGUCAACAAUCUCCUAUCCCUCGAUCCACGCGGCGCCGGAGAAGAACCACGCGGAAAAGACGUUGGCGAUGGGUCACUCGCCUCGGAAGGCUCAAGGCCGUGCUGCCUCCGCCGAGCGAAAGUCGUCCAAGGACAGUUCUACUUUCGUCGAGACUUUGGAACAAGCGCAGGCCCAGCUGAUGGAAGCACAGGCUGCCGCUGCUGUUUCGGGAAACGGGCACCUAGUUCAUCGCAUCUCAGCGUUGCUUCAGAGCACGGGCAUAUUCUUGUCGGCGGCUUCCCAGAGUAUGCCCAAGAAUAUUGGAAGCUUUGGAUACGCCACCUGCUCCGUCGAAUUCGCACGCAAUCUGACCUGGAAACGAGAGCGAAACACCGUGGUGACGGAACAACUCAAUCCUAGCUUCAGCGAGAUGGGAUGGCCACUGGCUCUACCGGUCAAGGACGAUAGACGAGCGAGCAUCAUCACCGUCGACGACAUGGCGAAAUUCCAGCGCGACUACGUCGACAUCAUUCCCAAGGCAUGGACCGUCUUGUCAAUCGCGCUGAGCGAUAACCGCAAGGAUCUCUGUAUCACCAAGCUGCGGGCAGGACAGACGCCUUUCGUUUUGCGGUUGCCACUCGAGCGCGUAGCCUCGCGGGAUGGCGAGAACGAGCUGUUCGACUUCCAGCACGGAUACGCCGAGCUCAUGGAUAUCAUCCAGGCUACCAAUACGAGUUGUCACAAUUCCGGCGACUACGCGUCCAAGGGAGCAAAGUCAGCCUGGUGGGCCCAGCGCGAGAAUUUGGACGAGAGGUUCAAAGACCUCCUCGACAAUGUCGAACAAGUCUGGCUCGGCGGGUUCAAGGGCAUAUUCUCCCAACAUCGCCACCGUGCUGAUCUCCUUGCCAAGUUCCAAAAGGCCUUCUCCAAGAUUCUCGACAAGCAUCUCCCAUCGCGUAGACAGGUCCGAGGAAAGAAGACCAGCAAGACCCCCAAGAUUGCUCUGGAGCCGCGGAUUCUCGACCUCUUUGUCGGCCUCGGAGACCACUCGGCGUCGGACGCCGAUCUCGAGGACCCCUUGAACGAUCUCCUGUACUUUGUCGUGGACAUUCUGCAAUUCCACGGCGAGAGGAACGCUUACGACGAGAUCGACUUCGACUCGAUGGUCGUGGACACCUUGGACGCCCUUGACGCAUACCACGCCGCAGCCAAAACCUCGGAUCCCGAGGAAGGCACCCACAGCAUUUUGAUUCUCGACAAGGCCCUCCACGCGUUCCCUUGGGAGUCACUUCCGUGCAUGGAGGGGCUAGCCUAUUCUCGUGUCCCCUCGCUGUCGUGCCUCCGCAGACUGCUUCUCGAACAGCGAGCCGCCAGAAGCGGAGACGAAAUCACGGAUGACCAUCGAUCCACUGUAUCUCCCCUCGGCGGCACAUACAUCCUCAACCCCGGCUCGGACCUCAAAAACACUCUCGCCACUUUCGAGAAUCCCCUGAAGGCUCUCGGCGACUCCUGGACAGGUAUUGUGUCACGCAAGCCAACCGAGGACGAGUUUGAGGGCGCACUCAAGGGCUCGGACAUUUUGCUUUACUUCGGCCACGGCAGUGGCGCGCAGUACAUCCGUGGUAAGACGAUCAGGAGACUCGAAAAGUGCAAGGCGGCGGCGCUGCUCAUGGGGUGCAGCUCGGCGUCGCUCCAGAACGUCGGGGAGUACGAGUGCCACGGCCCUGUAUGGAACUACAUGCUGGCAGGGUGCCCCGCUGUCGUUGGGACAUUAUGGGAUGUGACAGAUAGGGAUAUUGACCGGUACGCCGGGCGACUAUUCGAGGAGUGGGGGCUCCUGGAAAGGGGUACCUUUGUGGACGAUGGUGGAAAGCAUGGCAAGACAGGCAAGAGCAAGGGGAAGGGCCUAUUUGCGUCUGCUGCUGCGAAUAAGGAAAGGGGGAAGAAGAAGACGAGCCCCGCUGAAGGCGAGGGCUCAAGAGGGGGUACGUCGCUCGUGGAAGCCGCGGCCAAGGCUAGGGACGCUUGUCGGUUCAGGUACAUCACGGCCGGCGCGGUGUGCGUGUACGGCAUCCCUGUUUAUAUUGACAAGGCCAAGCUCAGUGACUCAUGA